AUGUUGUUAAUCUAUUUGUUUGUGUCCUUAGUUGGAUUUGCUGCAGUCAAUUCUACUAAAGUUCAACAAUGCAAUGGAAUACCCCUACCUCUGAGUGUCGCAGUAGAGAACUGCGAAGAGCCGCCAUGUACAGUGUAUAAGGGCACCACAACUAUUAUGGAGGUUCUAUUCUUGGGCACCAAGAACGACAUAAAAAGGAUCACAGCAAAAGCCACUGCCAGGGUUUUUGGUAUGAAUAUUCCGUAUCAACUAGCCGAUGAGAUAUCCGAUGUGUGUGCCAAUCUAAUGUACGAAGCCAUUUGUCCCAUAUACAAGGAUGAAGAUGUUACCUACAAAAUGAAUUUCUAUGCAGAUCCUUUAUUUCCUGACAUUACAGCUGAUGUCACGACCAUAUUGUACGAUGAGGAAGAUGAACCAAUAACUUGCUUCAUUUGCAGUUUUAAGGUUCGCAAGCCAAUAACUAUGGCAAAUAUGUCGAACAUCUAUAUUCUUUUCAUUUUUGGUUUAACGUGGACUUUUGCCCAGGCCAAUACACCCAUCAGACAAUGUGCGGACGAGAAUGUGGCCAUGCCAUUAAUGGUACAAAUUAACGAUUGUGAUUCAUCUCCCUGUGAUUUAUUGAAAGAUUCGGAGGCCACCAUAGCCAUUCAAUUUGUAGCCCACCGCAAUAGUAUGCGACAGCUGAGUGCUCAAGUUCAUCUUACCUCAUUGGGUGUCACUAUACCCUACGAUUUGGAGGCUUCACGUGGAAAUGUUUGCUCCAAUCUGCUGCAUGGUGCCUAUUGUCCCUUAGAUGCUGGUGAGGAUGUUACCUAUCAAUUGCUUUUGCCCAUUGCCACAAGUCAACCGGAAGUGCCCACACGUUUGGAAGUUAAACUUGUCGAUGAUCAGGAGGGCAACGUAAUCGCCUGUUUCUUGGCCGAUACACGCAUUAAGAAGCCAAAUUCAAGUUGAAUUCAUAUUGGAUCUAGAAUCUAUAUGGGUUAUAAGCUAUAACAAACAUUGUAUCAAUGUGUUAGGGGCAUUUGUUUUAAUGCCAAUUGACGAUGGCAGCGUUAGUCCGUCUUAUGUAAAUAUUAUUUAGCAUUUAGAAACACUA